AUGGAAACCAGGGAGAAGUUCCUGCCCGAGGUCGUGCCUGAGGAUAAGGUGCAGCCUACUGCCUACAAGGUCGAUGGCGCCGGCCCCGUUCCCCCACGUCUGCGGGCUCUCCACGAUUGCGAUGUUACCUUUCAUGAGUAUCAGUACUAUGCACGCCUGACUCGGGCGGAGCAGGAGGCGCUGCCACCAUCCAGGGCCGGUAAAAGCCUCCUGGCCUAUAUUGUUCCCAAUCUCCAGAAAUCCGUUGCCCCGGAAGUGAAUGCAUCUCGUGCCCUUCGUUCUGCUACGGCUGGUGCCAUCUUCUAUCUCAUUACCACCGAUAUCCUGGGCCCAUUCGGUCUGCCUUACGCCUUCGCAACGACUGGCUGGGGCCCCGGCAUCGCACUGUAUACUGUUUUUGGUGCCCUGGCUGGUUUCUCCGGCUAUUUGUUAUGGGACUGCUUCAUGGAACUCGACUCCUUCCAAUUCCCAGUUCAGGCUUACGGCGAUCUUGCAUUUCGCAUCUACGGGCCAUGGUGCCAUUACUUCGUCAAUAUCCUUCAGGCAGUUCAGCUUCUGUGUAAUGUGGCUGUCAUCAUCAUUUCCAACGGCGAGGCGUUGUCGCAGGCAGCCAAGUUCAAGCUGUGCUACGCUAUCUGCUGUUUGGUGUGGGCCCUGGCUGGCUUCUUCUUAGGCCAGAUCCGGACUUUGCAGAAGUUUGGCUGGCUGCCCAACCUGGCAGUAUUUAUCAAUCUUGUCAUCAUGUUCAUCACUAUGGGUGCUGCCGCCCACUCAGACCCUCUAUACUCCGCCUCAGCUUCCUCCGCCGGCUAUUCGAUCGAUCCUAAGCUGGUCACACCGGUUGAUGGAGUCUACCCACCUGUGCAGCAUAGCGGUGGCAUUCCAAACGCGGGCAACUUCGGUGGCGCGGUUAAUGGGAUGAUGCAAGCUGUCUAUUCCUAUGGUGGAUGCAUGAUUUUCCCGGAGUUCAUGGCAGAAAUCAAGCGCCCUCGCGACUUCUUGAAGGGUAUGUGGGGGGCACAGCUCUUCAUCUACGUCUGCUAUAUGGUUUAUGGCCUCUUCAUGUAUGGAUAUCAGGGGCAGUAUGUCCAGACCCCUGCAUAUCUGGGUAUUUCGCAGUAUGGUCUCAGCACGGCAGGCAACUCGCUCGCCAUUGUGAGUGCCCUGAUUGCGGCAACUUUAUAUGGGAACAUUGGCGUCAAAGUACCAAAUCACAGUCAUCUACAACAAUAUUUUCGUCGAGUUUUUCAAGGCUCCUCCGCUGUCAAUCAAAUCCGGUAUCCAGUAUACUGGUCUAUCGCCUACGUUGUUGGCGCCGCAAUCCCCGAUUUUGCCGGUUUCACGGGCAUCGUUGCUGCCUCCUGUAUCCUGCAAUUUACCUACUCUAUCCCCCCGUUGCUCCACGUCGGCUUCAAUACGAUGAGAAAUGCUGCAAGCUCAGAGCCAGGAUUUGAUGUGGCCACCGGUCAAGUUGAAGUUCAGGAUCGAGGGUUGAGUCGGUGGAUUCGUGGGUUCUUCGGACGGCGAUGGUAUCUGAAUGUUUUCAACCUGCUCUACGGAAUGGGUGCCCUUGCCAUGUGCGGAUUGGGCUGUUGGGCUGCUAUUGAGAACAUGAUUCUGAUCUAUGCGGUCCCACAACUGAAUGCUUUCGGCUGCACGUCCCCGCUGGACGCCUCCGCUUGA